AGGCAGGUCCUAAGCACGGGCCAGGGAAACCAGGGAAAGAUUUUGGGAAGGAGCCAUUUUAGGUGUUCCCUCAGCCUCGCUCCCUGACGUCACUUCCGGCGCCACCAGUGUGCGUGGGGCCCACCUGGGAGCGAGCGGUAAACAAGGUGUGCAGGUACCUGAGGAGCAGCCGGGAUGCCGCCGAGCGGAGCCGCGGGAGGCCGGGGCUGCGCCUUCUCGGCCCUCAUGGGCGUCCUACUCCUCCGGGGUAUGCAUACUGUGCUUUCCUUGGAGAUUAGUGCAGAUGCCCACAUCCGAGGUUAUGUUGGAGAAAAGGUCAAGUUGAGAUGUACCUUCAAGUCAUCUUCAGAUGUCACUGACAAACUGACCAUAGACUGGACAUACCGUCCUCCCAGCAGCAGUCGCACAGAAUCUAUUUUUCACUAUCAGUCUUUCCAGUACCCAACCACAGCAGGCACUUUUCGGGAUCGGAUCUCCUGGGCUGGAAACGUAUACAAAGGGGAUGCAUCCAUAAGCAUAAGCAACCCUACCCUGAAGGACAAUGGGACAUUCAGCUGUGCUGUGAAGAAUCCCCCAGAUGUGCACCAUAACAUCCCCCUGACGGAACUAACAAUCACAGAAAGGGGUUUUGGUACCAUGCUGUCCUCUGUGGCCCUUCUUUCUAUUCUUGUGUUCAUUCCCUCAGCAGUAGUUAUUGUUCUGCUGCUUGUGAGAAUGUCGAGGAAGGCUGCAGGGAUGAAGAAGAGGAGCAAGUCUGGCUAUAAGAAGAAGUCUUCCAUUGAAGUUUCAGAUGACACUGACCAGGAUGAGGAAGACGCGUGCAUGUCGAGACUUUGUGUCCGUUGUGCUGAGUGUCUGGAUUCAGACUAUGAAGAGACAUACUGAGGAAAUGCAUAACGUAAGAAGAAUUUCCUAAUGAUAGAAGAUGUCCCAUUGCCCUGGCCGCUAACGCCUCUCAGGGGACUGGAGCUGGCCCCGGCAGCAGUGAUGGAGGAUUCUAGAAGUCAUCAGUAAAGACUUUAGGGACCAUUUAUUUAUUGAAAAAAAAUGUUCUUUUGUAUUUAUAAACUGCUCAACAACUUUCAGAAGAGACUUAUGACUUUCAAUUUUAAUGUUAUGUUCUCUGAUUGAAUGAAGAAAUUCUUUUUCUGAAUAGAAAGAUACUUUUGGUUUACCUUCA